CGGCGAUCGCCCUGGGCGGAGGAGAGGAGUUUCCGGGGCUCGGGUUCCAGCCGCCGUCCCGGGGAAGGAGCGCGGAAGCAAGUGGGCGGCGAGAGGCGGAGCAAGGGACGCGGGGGGCGUGGACGCAGCCGGCUUUGGAAAGGCCCCAAGUUAAUGAGGCGUGCGCCGGCGGCCGAGAGCCUUUCGGAGCCGGGCUUUCCCCCGCGGUUCGGGCGCCAGGAGCCGCCUUUUCCGCUGGGUGUCACUCGGGGGUGGGGAAGAUGGCCCAUUCAAAAGCGCCGCGAGGGGGCCCGGCCAGUGCCCUUCGGUGAGCGCUCGCAAGAGGACGGCAGAGGCCCAGCGGCUCGCAGCUCCGGGACCUUGUGGCGGCGCCUCAGGACGCGGCUGCCCCUCUGCCCGGACCCGGAGCCGCCGCCGCCGCUCUGCCUCCUGCGGGUUAGCCUACUCUGCGCGCUCCGGGCAGGCGGCCGUGGGAGCCGCUGGGGCGAGGACGGCGCGCGGCUGUUGCUGCUGCCCCCGGCCCGAGCGUCUGGAAGCGUUGAGGCCGAGCCAAGCGGCGCUCCCCUCUAUGCUGGGAGGAUGUUGGAGAGCAGCGGCUGCAAGGCGCUGAAGGAGGGCGUGCUGGAAAAGCGCAGCGACGGGCUGCUGCAGCUCUGGAAGAAAAAGUGCUGCAUCCUCACCGAGGAGGGGCUGCUGCUCAUCCCGCCUAAGCAGCUGCAACACCAGCAGCAGCAGCAGCAGCAGCAGCAGCAGCAGCAGCAGCAGCCGGGGCAGGGACCGGUCGAGCCGUCCCAACCCGGCGGCCCCGCCGUCGCCGGCCUUGAGCCACCGGUCAAGCUCAAGGAAUUGCACUUUUCCAACAUGAAGACCGUGGACUGCGUGGAGCGCAAGGGCAAGUAUAUGUACUUCACUGUGGUGAUGGCUGAGGGCAAAGAGAUCGACUUUCGGUGCCCACAGGAUCAGGGCUGGAACGCCGAGAUCACGCUGCAGAUGGUGCAGUACAAGAAUCGUCAGGCCAUCCUGGCAGUCAAGUCCACGCGGCAGAAGCAGCAGCACCUGGUCCAGCAGCAGCCCCCGCAGCCGCAGCCGCAGCCGCAGCUCCAGCCCCUGUCCCAGCCGCAGCCCCAGCCCCUGUCCCAGCCGCAGCCCCAGCCCCAGCCCCAGCCCCAACCUCAGCCCCAGCCCCAACCCAAGCCUCAGCCCCAGCAGCUCCACCCGUAUCCGCAUCCACAUCCGCACUCUCAUCCGCACCCGCACCCGCAUCCACACGCUCACCAACUACCGCACCCGCACCAACAACCGCACACUCAGCCGCACGGCCACCGGCUUCUCCGCAGCACCUCCAACUCUGCCUGAAGGGGGCAGCAUCCGGGCCAGACGAGGUUUUGAGGACUUGAGGAAGUGGGACGAGCAUAUUUCUAUUGUCUUUACUUGGAUCAAAAACAAAACAGUCUCCCCACCCUGCACCAGAUCAUGUAGUUUGGACAUCACCCCGCUGAAAACUUGUGAUUCUUCUUAGUUUUCUGCGUACUCUUCAUCACGAUGCAGGAAACGACUUCAAGUCAAGAAGACUUUAUUUAUGAACCUUUGAAAGGAUCUUCUAGUAUGGUGGACCUUCUAGGAGCGAUGAUGUACUGUAAUUUUAUUUUAAUGUAUUUUGAUUUAUGAUUAUUUAUUAGUUUUUUUUUAAAU